ACUCCCAAGGCGGCGGCGGAGUGUUCCACGGCGGCGAAGGAGUGACCCCCAUCCGUGACGGCGGAGUGUAGCGGAGGGAGGUGCCGGAGCGAUGGCAGGCGGCAAGCGAGGGCUCCACGCACGGAGCCAACCUCGCAACGCGUUUGGGUAGUUUGCCUUUGCGCCCGAGGUCAUCUCGAUCCACAGUGACAGCAGCGAUGACCUCUCAUCGGAGGUUCCCGCUACCCCACCAAGGCGCGUCAAAGUGGAGUCGUCGAGCCGAACCCCGGACAAUAAGGGCAAGAUGCAAAAGAUCAAAGGGCAGUCAUCCACCCCAACCCCGGCUUUGAUGAACCCUAGCUCAUGCAACAAGGGCAAGGAAAAGGUUCCCUAUGACAGUGACCUGGAAGACGAGGAUGAACUUGUGGACUGGGUUCCCUAUGACAGUGACCUGGAAGAAGAGGAUGAACUUGUGGACAGGGUUGGAUUCCUGACUGAGAAAGCAAACAAGACAGCAACAAAAAAGAUGUUGCGCCGAGUAGAUAAGACCUCUACUGGAGUUGAUCAAGCCUUCGACACGCUCUUUAUCAACAUCAAGUAUGGUGUGCUGGAUUCACUUGCGCACAACAAGAAGGUGGCUUCAUUCCAGAAGAUUAGAGAGCUGUUUGAUGGAGUUAAGGCUGAUGCAUGAGAACAAGUCAUGAGCCAAGCCAAGAAGAUGUGUACUGAUCUGGAUGAGGUCUUCGAGACACUCUUCGUCGACGUCAAGUAUGGCGUGGUGAAGCCUGAACAAAAUAAGCACAAGAAGAGCAAGUAGUUGUGUGUGAGUUUGGCAGCACUAAGUGUUAGUGUAGUAUCAAUGUGGUGAUGUCUGGUACUGUGUAUA